ACCCCGUGCGGCCAUUGGGCUCAGCGAGAGGCUGGCUGGCACUGCCUCCUCCCCUUCCUAGUACUCUCACCUUAGCUGCGGUCUGACUAUGGCCACGCUCCUUCGGGCGGCAACCCAGAGGCUGUCUCCCUGGAGGGGCUACUGCUCCAGGGGGUCACAGGGUGGACUCAGCCAGGACUUUGUGGAGUCUCUGAAGGCAGUUGUAGGGAGCCCCCAUGUGUCCACUGCUCCCGCCGUCAGAGAGCAUCACGGGCAUGAUGAGUCGAUGCACAGGUGUCAACCUCCUGAUGCUGUGGUGUGGCCUCAGAAUGUGGACCAGGUCAGCCGACUGGCAGCCCUGUGCUACAACCAAGGUGUUCCCAUCAUCCCAUUUGGCACCGGCACUGGUGUUGAAGGGGGAGUCUGUGCUGUGCAGGGUGGCGUGUGCAUCAACCUGACCCAUAUGGACCGAAUCAUGGAGCUGAAUACAGAAGAUUUCUCUGUGGUGGUGGAGCCUGGCGUCACCCGAAAAGCCCUCAAUACCCACCUGCGAGACAGUGGCCUUUGGUUUCCUGUUGACCCAGGUGCCGAUGCUUCUCUGUGUGGCAUGGCGGCCACUGGCGCCUCGGGCACCAAUGCUGUGCGCUAUGGGACCAUGCGCCACAACGUCAUCAACCUGGAGGUGGUGCUCCCCGACGGCAGGCUGCUUCAUACUGCAGGCCGCGGUCGCCAUUAUAGGAAGAGUUCGGCUGGCUACAAUCUCACAGGACUCUUUGUGGGUUCCGAGGGGACUCUGGGCAUUAUUACAUCCGCCACCCUGCGCCUGCACCCUGCACCUGAGGCCACAGUGGCAGCCACCUGUGCAUUUCCCAGUGUUCAAGCUGCAGUGGACAGCACAGUUCAGAUCCUCCAGUCUGCAGUGCCUGUGGCCCGCAUUGAGUUCCUGGAUGACGUCAUGAUGGAUGCCUGCAACAGGUACAGCAAACUGGACUGCCCUGUGGCACCCACCCUUUUCCUGGAGUUCCAUGGCUCCCAGCAGGCAUUAGCCGAACAGCUGCAGCGCACAGAGGCAAUCACUCAGGAUAAUGGGGGCUCUCACUUCUCCUGGGCCAAGGAAGCUGAGAAGCGCAGCGAGCUGUGGGCGGCGAGGCACAAUGCUUGGUACGCAGCCUUGGCGCUGUCUCCUGGACGGAAGGCUUAUUCUACGGACGUGUGUGUGCCAAUCUCCCGGUUGCCAGAGAUCCUGGUAGAGGCCAAGGAGGAGAUUAAGGCCUCACAACUCACAGGAGCCAUUGUUGGGCAUGUGGGUGAUGGUAAUUUCCACUGCAUCAUGCUGGUCAACCCAGAUGAUGUGGAAGAGCAGAGAAAGGUCAAGGCCUUUGCAGAAAACCUGGGCAGGCGUGCCCUGGCUCUCCACGGGACAUGCACCGGAGAGCAUGGCAUCGGGAUGGGCAAGCGGCGGCUGCUGCAAGAAGAAGUGGGCUCCGUGGGUGUGGAGACUAUGCGGCAGCUCAAAGACACACUGGAUCCCCGAGGUCUCAUGAACCCAGGCAAAGUGCUAUGAGGAACUUCAAACACUUGGCCCCCAGUCCCCAGAAUGCAGAGCCCCUGUCCUGGACCUUCCCUUCCUGCCACUGACUUUGCAAGACAGAAUGAUUGAUGCUAUCUCUGCCUACCAGGUAUCUCUCUGUCGCUGGGGCUCAAGGUGAGGGUGAAGAAGAUGGACUUACAGAGAGAGAGAGAGACUUUCCUUGAUGUCCUUAGCUUUUUGCUCCAGUAGAAAACCCAGGGUAUUUCCCAGUGGAGUUUCUUCCUGGCUGGCAGAGAUGGUGUGGGUCUACUCCAAGACUAAGAUCAGAUCCCUCUGUGGAGGCCUCUCCUGCUGGUGUCCAGCAUCAUUGCGAUUCAUCCUAUACACAGGGACAGGCACAACCCUUUUCUGCAUUGGGAAGGAGCCUUCCAUUCCACAUCGUUAGGCCUUCUCCUUGUGCCCCAUCACCCAUGAAUAUGAACUCUAUUUGCAGCUAUGGACGGAGGUGGAUGGAGUUCAGGCUUUGGAAGAAAGCCAGGCCCAACCUCUCUGCUUUUGCAUACUUGAGGCAGAAGACCCACCUGUGGUGGAGGUCACUUAUGACAGCUUCCCCAUCAGGAUUGGGCUGGAACACUCUCUUCAAGCUGCUGCUACGUAGGCCAUUAGAAAUGGAGAUGAGAUAACCCUGUGUACCACCCCUCUCCAUGGUAUAAUGCAGUAUCCACUAACUCUUACCUUCAAAGUCAGGGUCUUACCCACUUUGGGGCCUGACAGUUUUGAGAUUCCCUGGCCAGAGUGCUUGUCUGGAGGUAUGUGGCAGUUGUUCCCCAAAAGUCCACAAGAGGGCGCGUGACACCACAAAUCCAAAGCAGCAUUUUAGGGACAGCUGCAGUCUCUUGUACUGGUACCUGCAGUUCCCAGCCUUGGGCCACCCACCUUCCAGGGCCAGGUGGCCAGUUUCUAGACCUUUUUACCCCUUGUGGGCCCCAGCCAACUGUAGAGCACCAUCUCCCCUACUUAGAGGUUUUUGGGUUGAAAAAAACAAAAACAAAACAAAGAAAACGGGAAGGAGCCACCACGGGCAGAGGAAGCAGCAGCCUCUUGUACCCCUGGCUCCUAACCACUUCUCCCACCAUGCUCCAGGGCAGAGGCCGCCACGGGUACUUUGUCGGUCCAAAUUCAGUUCUGAGGACCCCUUCUCUGUGAUGUCUGUCUCAUGGUUCUCUCCCAAACCACUUCAGGAUGUAAAAACCCAAACAUCACUCAAUCAACCAGGGAAAGAGUUUUAGUGAACUCUCCCCCAGACAAAUGCUUGCCCCUCCCACAAUCCCUCCAAUUGAGUUCUGCUGGCAGGGCUCCCACACACCCUCCAGUAACAGGCGACUAGUACGAACUCAAUAAACAGCCAUUUCCCCACAA